AACGGGGAUAGGCCGCGCUGGCGGAGGACCCCGGGGGGGCCGGACCCGCAUCCCGGGGCCCCGCCGCCAUCCCGUGCUGGGAAACGGGCCCGAUCGUUUCCAGAUCCCCGGUGAGUCACGGGAGAGGCGGUGGCUGCAGCGUGAGACCCGUGGGGACGGUAACCCCCCCUCCCCGCCCGCCCCGCGCCCCCCACGUGUGUCCCGGCCCGCCCCGGACAUGAGGCUGAUGUGGGGAAGGGGCUGACCCCUCGCCGUGCCCCCCGUGUCACCAUGGCCUCCCAGCCGCAGCCCCUGCGCCCCGCCGUGCCCUGUGCCACCCCCACCAGCACUGGGGGGGCCGGUCUGGCUGGCAGCCCCGACAAAGGCACCGCGCGCCCCAAGCCGCCGGUGAGGCCCAAGCCCCGCGUGCUGCCCAAGCCGGCCGUGCCCGCCAAGCCCCCGGUGCCGCCCCUUGUGCCGGGCCCGCGGCACCCCCGGCCCGAGCUGCCCUCGGCCGAGAAGAUGAACCGCCUGGCUGGGCCGCAGCCCUACAGCGGGGGUGGCACGGGGGGGCCCCUCCGCCGCCCCUCCUUCACUGUCAGGUCACCCGAGACCCCCAACGGGAAGGGGCUCCCGUCCCCCGCUGUGGCAGCCGCCGAGGAGGAGGUGCCCCCCGCCCCGCCGACCCCCUCGCGCAAGGGCCCCGCGCCCUUCAAGGUGACGCCGGUGCCGGUGGCUGCCAGGCCGGAGCGCUUCCCAGGCACCACUGUGGAGGAGAUCCUGGCCAAGAUGGACAGCAGGGAGGGUCCGGGCAGCCCAGACAGGGCCUGGCUCUCGCCCUUCUGUCCCGACCCCUCCUCCCGCUUCGGCUCCAAGACCUUCGCCGCCUUCCGGAGGCGUCCCAGCGGGGAGGCGGAUGGAGACCCCCCUGGUGAAGCCCCACACACACCCCGACCUGCGGCGGGCGAGCUGGGAGUGGGGGAUGACGGACACUCCAUGGCUGAGACGAGCGGCUCCCCCCCAGCUGGGCCACGCUGUGCUGGGGACCCCCGUGGACACCGGAGGCCACCGUCCCCUCCUGAUCUCUCCUCUCUCCAACUGGGGGCCCUCGGACCCCCGGGCUCCCCACGGCCCCCCACCUCCCCGACCCCGGCCCCAGGAGCUCCCUUCCAGCCUCCCGAGCCCUCCGCCCCGGCCCCCGGCUCUCCCGAUGCCCCCGCUGAGCUCCUGGCCCCCGACUCCCCCACACUGCCCCCCGGCUCCCCUGAAUCCCCCACUCAGCCUCCAGCCGAGGCCCCUGCCCCCUCCAUCCAGGCCCCAGGUGCUCCCUCGGCCACCAAACCCCAUCUCGGCACCUCCCGCUCCCCUGGCUCCCCCCACACUCCCGGGGAGGGUUCCCCUGACACUGCCAGCCCCCCUGGCACUCCCGAACUGCCCCCCCGAGUCACCUGCCCCCCUGGCUCUCCUGAGGCUGCUGCCGAGUACCUGGGCCGUCCCAGCCCACCCCUUGCCAAAGCCUCUCGUCCCCCAGGCUCCCCAGAGGGACCCGAUGACUCCGCAGUGUCCCCACAGUCCUGCGAGGGUCCCGAUUUCAGCUCCCCUCCCCGGGACGUGGGACUGCGGCGCUCCUCAGAGGGAGUGCUGCAGUCCUCGCCCACGGGGCAGGGCCUGGGGGAGCUGGGGGGUUCACUGAGUGCCCUGCCCCGGCCCGGAGACCCCCUGUCUGAGCCCUCCCUGGGCAGUGAGUCCGGCUGGAGCCUUUCCCAGUCCUUCGAGUGGACGUUCCCGUCGCGGGGGACACGCUUGUCGGCCUUCCCCCCCCACUCCCCCAUCCGGGAGACGCCUGACUCGGGGCUCUCUGAAGAGGGAGAGUCGGAUGGGGAGGCUGCAGCCCACAGCCCCCCAGAGGACAGCGGCUCUGAAGGGCUCGACAGCUGCAGGGCAGAGGGGGCUCCAUGCCCAGGGGGUCCCGUAGCCCAGCGAGAAGCUGAGGGCUUGACGGAGGAGGAGGAGGAAGGGGAGGUAGAGCGAGGCACCCCUGGGUCCCAGUCCCCACUUCGUGUGACAGAGCCUGGCUGGCACCCAGCUGAGCCUGAGCCCCCCACCCAGCCCAGCAUCACCACAGCUGCACCCCUGGAUCCAGCCCCCCCCGAUCCAGCCCCUCUGGCUGACUUGGCCUGGGCAGGUGACAGCCCCAAAGACCUGCAGGGCCCUGGGGGGCCAGGCCAGGCCGAAGGACCCCCACAGGGCCCCGACCCCCACGCCGACCCGGGCUGGCUGACGGAGCUGCUGGCGUCACCUGGGGCCCACACCACAGGGCACGGCUCGCCAGAGGGCCUGCUGGGCUGGUCGCGGAAGGACCUGUGCAGUGAGUUUGGCAUUGGCCGCCCUCGCCGGGCCGGCACCUUUGACUGGAGCUGCCCAGCUGUGUCCAGGGAGAGAGACUGGCCUGCUGAGACCGAGCAGGACCAGGAAUUCAGGGCCAAAUCCGGCUGGGACAGCAGCCGCAGCGACAGUGCUGGGGCCAGGCCGGAUGGGCACUUCAGCGCUGCCCGGGAGGGCUGGAGCAGUGACUACAGAGGGACAGAGCUGAUGGCAGACACCAAACUGGGCGGCAGUGACUGGUCCCAGUCCCUCGGUGCUGGGGAGAGCUGCCUGCGGGAUCCAGACUUUGGCAGCAGCACAGCCAAGUGGGGCCCAGGCUAUGGCCUGGGCCGUGCCAGCAGCACAGAGGAGCUUGACUCCGGGCAGCCCACCUGGGCGGGCAGGUAUGGCACCGGUGACACGGAGAUGAAGGACAGGGAGCUCGCCCCGGACUGGGCCAGUAAAUACAGCAGUCGGGAUGCCGGAAGCAAGGAUGAGGAUUUUACGCUGGGCUGGGCUGGCCGAUCCAGCACUGGGGACACUGGGAGCCCAGACAAGGAACUCAGCCCCAGCCGACCGUCCUGGAACAGCAGGUACAGCACCCGGGACAUGGAGAGCCAGGACCGGGAGUUCAGUCCCAGCCGGCCAGCCUGGACUGGGGAAUACAAGGACACACAAAGCCAGGACAGGGAGUUCAGCCCCAGCCGGCUGGCUGAAGGCAGCGAGUGCAGCACUGGCAAUGUGGAGACCCAGGACCGGGAAUUCAGCCCCAGCGGAGCGGCCUGGGAUAACAGAUCCAGCACCAGCAACAUGGAGACCCAGGACAGUGGAUUCACUCCCAGCAGAGCAACCUGGGAUGAUGGGCACAGCGCUGGGGACAUGGAGACCCGGCACGGGGACUUGUUCAGCCCCAGCAGAGUGGCCUGGGGAGACAGGUCCAGCACCAGGGACGUGGAGGCCCAGGACAGGGGGUUCAGCCCCAGUGGAGCAGCCCAAGAUAGGGAGCACAGCUCUGUGCUCCCCAUGGAGGAAGGGCAGGAGCUGAUCCCAGGCCGGCUGAGCUGGUCCGGUGAGGGCAGCGUCAGCCAGGCCAGGCAUGUUGGGGUCAAUGAGGAAGAUGUGCCUGGCUCCCUCUGCCCUGAUCUCCUGGCCCAGGAGCCCACCUGGGGCAGUGCCCACCAGCAGGAGCGUGGCAGCUCCAGCAGCAGGGACUGGGCUGAGGAGCUUGGAGGAGGCGACUGCCACAACCAGUUUGGUGCCAUUGGGACAGAGCGGGUGCCAGACCCCUGCAGCAGCGGAGCCUCGGAUGGCGCCAUGUCCGGGGGCCUGCAGUCCCUGGCAGGCUGGCACAGGGAUAUCUCUCUGGACACGGACGAUGCCCGCUGGAGCCAGGACCUGGAGCACUGGAGCGUGGAGCUGCAGGACACCGAGGCCAAGCGCCAGGAGUGGGCGAGUGCCUUCGGUGCCCGUUGUGCCGCCCGCAGCCGGGACCUCGGCACUGGGGAACGGAGCCUGGGAGGGGACACGGGCACAGAGGACAGCAGGAGCCUCCGUCUUUCAGCCCCCAGCCCACCGAUGGGUGAUGCCCCAGCUGACCCCCCAGCUCUGGAGACCCCCCGGGGUGAGCUGCUCAGCCCCACUGAGGAAGAGAGGGACCUCCCCGAGCACACCACUGCCCUGCAGAGCCCCGAGGCCUCCUCUUUGCUGCUGGAGGCUGCCAGCGGGAUCCCAGUGGACACAGGGAUUGAGGAACCCACCUCGGACCACCCAGAUGGGGAGAGCCCCCCGGGCUGGGGGGAGCAGCGGCUCUCCCUGGGCGCCCCUCAGCCUGAGGGGCCCAUGGAGCAGGGGCAGGAGUUCCCCUUCCUGGAGGACACGGAGCUCCUGGACAGCAGCGUGUUCCGCAGCAAGGCCAGCCUGGGCCGCAAGCGCCGGCACCGGGCACCGGCCCUGCGUCCCACCGCCCCCGAGGGGGACAGCUGGAUCUUCCAGGACUCCACCGAGCCCCGGCCAGCCCCAGCAGCGUCCUCCGACGAGGAGGCAGCGGAGGAGCCCCGGAGCCGGCGGGUGCGCGGCUCCCCCUUGGGCAGGGGCGUCAAGGUGCCCCUCUUCCCCGGCCUCAGCGCCUCUGCCAUCAAGGCCAAGCUGAGGGGCCGCAACCGCUCGGCCGAGGAGGGGACAUCAUCAGGGGACAGCAAGGGGACCUCCUCCAAGGACCCCCACGUGCAGCGCUCCAAGUCCUGCAAGAUCCCUGGUGUGAGUGGGAAACCCCCGGCGCUGCCCCCCAAGCCGGAGAAAUCGUCAGGAUCCGAGGCCUCCCCCCCACACUGGCUGCAGGCGCUGAAGUUGAAGAGGAAGAAGCCUUGAGUGGGCUGUCUCCCCGAUGCCGAUGGCCGCUGUCCCGGGACCAGGGCUGUCCCCUCCCAUGGGGACACACACACACACACACACCUAUGCACUUUGUACGAGCUCGCAGGGUCCCCAUCUCCCCCCAGCACCUCCUCCCCGUCCCCAUCCUCACAUUGUACCCCAUCCCCUCUGUCCCCUGGGGGCUGGGGGUGGGCACGACCCCCCCUCCCCUCACCCCUGCUCGUGUAUCGCCCCGGACACAGGGCGGCGGGUCCGGCUCGUGGUGCUGCUGCCACAGACAAUAAAACCUCGCU